AAGUCUGUCUUCUGCUUUUUGGCAACCGAGCGGUUCAGGUUAAGCUUUUAUGAAUCUAAAAAGGCAACGGAGAGAGGGAUUAACUAGUUUGAAAAAAGAAAUAAAAGCGCAGUCUUUAUCGCAGCGCCUGAAGAGCGAGCGAACCCGAGAGAUUAUUUGAAUCUGCAGCUUCAAAAUCCCUCCAGGAAUUCACUGGAAAUUUUUCCCGCUAAUUGGGGUCGGGCCACCCUCCGAGUCUCGCUCUCGCUCAUGGACUUAGCGACCCCAUCACCAGCUGAAGCCGAGGACGAGUGGGAGCUUUGCAACGACGACGGCUUCGUUUACAAGCGUAAGAAGCGGCGUCUCGACCCCUCUGCGGCGGCGGCGCCUCCUCCUCCUCAGCCGCCGCCAGAUCCUCUUGCGGAGGAGAACCAUCGGAGGGAACGCAAGAGGAAGGCGCUUUUGAAGAUAAAGGGUCGGUACCAGGAAGAGCUUGCGCUCUGGGAACACUUGUCGAACACCUGUCGGGCAAUGCAAGAGAAGGCACGGGAGCUUCAGCUUGAGCGAGAGAAAGAGAGAGAGCGGGCGUCGUCGUUGAGUGGGUCAGCCGACGAGGAGCUUGACCGCCAGAGGAGCGACUUUGGGUCGACCAUUGACAAGCUGCUCUUACAGGCAGAAGCACAAGAAGCGUUAAUUAAUGACGUCUCAAAUCUGUGUGAUGUAGCUGAAGAACUGUCUAGUGUACAAGAGGAACAAUUAAAACAGUCUUUGUUUGAUCUUCCAGUUUGGGCUUCCCCACAAGAGCUGAUGGCGGCACUAUGUGAUGAGUUGAAUUGCAAGAAGCAAUUAUGUGCAACAUGUCAAAUCUUUGUGAUGUAGCUGACACUGUAUGAUGUACAACAGGAAAGGUUAGAACAGUCCGUUGUUUAAUUCCCCAAGUGAGCUCAUGGCAGCACUAUGUGACAAGUAAGCUUCCUAGGUUGGUGAUUAGUUAGCAAAUGGGUGUUCCAAUGGUAAAGUUGUUAGUUUACCAGUUAAUUUUUAAGGACCCUAAUCUAACCCAAUCACUUGUAAGAGUGUUAUAUUCUUCUUGUCAAAGAUUGAACGCAUUCUUGGCUGGCUUUUCACUUCCCAUCUAAUGUUGUUUCUGCUUGGGACUUGAUCAUACGUGGAAUGAGUGACUGGAUUAGGUCUUCUGAAGCAUGUAUGGGGAGAUCAAUUUGCUUCAAUGAGAAAGUGGUUGAACUGGUCUUUUAUAUUUGUACUUGGUAUUGAGAAGGC